CGCGCCGCCUUCGCCUUCGCCCUGGUGCCCGGGCCGCCAGCCAUGGCCACCCCGCAGCUCUCCCAAGUGCGCCAGAACUACCACCCCGACUGCGAGGCCGCCAUCAACAGCCAGAUCAGCCUGGAGCUCUACGCCUCCUACGUGUACCUGUCCAUGGCCUUCUACUUCGACCGCGACGACGUGGCCUUGAAGCACUUCGCCCGCUUCUUCCUGCGCCAGUCCCGCAAGGAGACCCAGCACGCCGAGAAGCUGAUGGAGCUGCAGAACCAGCGCGGGGGCCGCCUCCGCCUCCGCGACAUCAAGAGGCCGGACCGCGACGACUGGGAGGGCGGCCUGAAGGCCAUGGAGUGCGCCCUGCACCUGGAGAAGAGCGUGAACCAGAGCCUGCUCGACCUGCACCAGCUGGCCGCCGACAAGAACGACGCCCAGCUGUGCGACUUCCUGGAGAGCCACUACCUGCACGAGCAAGUCGAGGCCAUCAAAGAGCUGGGGGGCUAUGUCACCAGCCUGCGCAAGAUGUGGGCUCCGGAAGACGGCCUGGCAGAGUACCUGUUUGACAAGCUCACCCUGGGCCACAGCGACAAAAAGAACUGAGUUGGGACUGUUUCCCCGUAGCCCCAGGGCGCAUGGUGACUUUCCCUGAUCACCAUGCCCAGCAGUAUUGCUUCUGGAAAAGGUUCCAGUUCUUUUCUUCCAG